GGAGACUCUGUAAAUUCUCAGUGCUUCUUCUUCUCAAGGUGCGUAAUAAUGGCUAAUGCAGAGCAAGUGGUGGCAAGUGAGACAUCUCAGCCCCUGAUAUAUCAGCUUGGUAAGGCAUUACUGGAACUAAAUGCUCAUAAUCAUACUGCUGAGGACAGAGUCCAGUGGACAGAAAUUGAAGAGCAUUUCCUCAACCUUGAAUUGACAUUGAAGAAACAAUCUGAAGAGCUAGAAGCCAAGGAGAAGAAAUUUGAGGAGCGGGAAGCUGAAACCUGUGCUUUGCUUGUGGAGAGAGAAGCUACUGUUAUUGCUAAAGAGCAAGACCUGCUGGAUCGGGUGCAAGAGCUAAAAGAUGCAGCGGUUGCUGCUAUUGCAGAGGCACGAGACAUUCACCAGCCUAAAACUAUGGAACCGUUGAAUGAUGGGAAUAACAAAGACAGCAAGGUAAGCAGCUCACUUGGUGAUACAAAUUCACCACAGGAAGAUAUACCUACUAAAAAAGGUGAUAAUGCUAAGGGUAUGGCUAGUGACAUUAAGCCACGCCAAGAACUGAGGCAAUUUUGCGAGAAGAUGGAUGCCAAAGGGCUUCUGAAUUAUAUUGUUGACAAUCUUAAAAAACAAAAUGUUGGUCGUCAGGAACUUACUAUUGCACUAGAAAGUGCAAGUGAACCAGCGCAAUUGGUGCUGGAUUCACUGGAUGGGUUUUACCCUCUUGAUGAAACUAACCAACCAGAGGGUAAGAAGGAUCCUGUCCUUCGGGGCAAGCGUAGAUCCUGUGUCAUGCUUGUGGAAGCCUUGGCUACCUUAGUUGCAAAGGCUGAUCCAUGUGCUGAUCACUUUCUGAACCCUGAGACCAAGCAGCAAGCCAAAGCAAUUGCUGAUGAGUGGAGGCCUAAGUUGUUUAGUGGAGGUAUUGAUGCUGCCAAUGGAAAUUCAUUGGAAGCAGAGGCAUUCUUGCAGCUUCUUGCAACUUUUAGGAUUGGAUCUGAGUUUGAUGAAGAUGAACUCUGCAAGGUUGUUCUUGCAGCAGUUACUCACCGCAGGCAGACACCUGAGCUCUGCCGCUCCCUUGGUUUAACACACAAAAUGCCAGGUCUUGUUGAAUCAAUUAUCAGAAUUGGGAAACAAAUUGAUGCUGUGCAUUUUAUUCAUGCCUUCGAACUUACUGAAAGUUUCCCCCCUGUGCCACUCUUGAAGACAUAUUUGAAAGAACUGAGGAGAAAUUCACAAGGCGACAGCAAUGGAGAUGCACAGGAGGAUGUUAAUGCAAAAGAGCUUUCUGGUCUGAAGGCUGUAGUUGGGUGUGUUCAAGAGUACAAGCUUGAAGCAGAGUACCCCCUUGAUCCACUGCAGAAGAGGCUUGUUCAACUAGAGAGAUCCAGAGCUGACAGGAAGCGAAGCGGUGAUUCUGGUAAACGCCAACAACUACCAAAGAAGCAAAAAGCCACCGGAAGAUGGCGUGGAUACAGUGGUGGGCCUGGUCUCCUCAUUGCCUCGUCCCCCACUGUUGGUAGGCAUGGGCAACCUGCUUAUGGCGAGAGGCCAGCAUACACUGGGAUGUCAGAGAGGUAUGGUCUGGCCGGUCCACGCGCCUAUGAUUAUCAAGCACCAACUCAGCCGGCUUAUGCUCCACAAGCUAGUAGUGACCAAAGGCUCUAUUACUACCCCCCAGAAGAGAGAGCUGCCUCAACCUCAUAUAACGCCGCUCCACUACCCACUUACAGCAGCUACAUUGGUACUCAGUUGCAGCCUCAACACCACCCAUACAUGUAAUCCUCACACCAAACUGUUGUAGACUCCUCGCUACGACAGUGUGAGAUUUUCGAUACAGUGAGACAUUCGUGUCAGCUAACCAACAUUUUCCCAGCAGGG